AUGGUAGACGCUAAUACGUAUCUUAAUUCAAAUUAUCCCUUUCCUGCUGUAAAUAGAACUCUCAUAUCAUCAUUAGAUGUUAGUAACAAAAACCUAAUAAACACAAUAAAUUUAGGUCCAUCAGAAAAUUUUACUAAUCUUGCAAGCUUAAACGCUUCACUUAAUCAAAUAAGUGGUUUCACGUUAGGAGAACUACCUAAAUUGCAAAAAAUAGAUUUUUCUCAUAAUAUCUUCACUUCUUUCGGAAUAAAAAACGAUGGACUAUUACCUUCACUUGCAAUAGUUAAUUUUUCUCAUAACUUUUUAACUGAUGUUGGCCCAGGUUCUGUUAUACUUCUUCGCCUUGAUGUCAGCAGCAAUGCAUUAACUAAAUUGGAUUUAUCAGCAUGUAAGAACCUACUUACAUUAAAUUGCUCGGGUAAUCCUGAUCUUUCAAAUUUGACUUUAAACUCUGCUUUUGACCCUAUCGAUGCGAAUGCUUUCGAUUGCCGUGGAACCAGUAUUGGUAAAAUUAAUACUACUUCUUUCAUAUAUGAUUGUCAAACGGGUACUAGAAUUAAAUUACAUGAUACUUCUGCUACUACAAGUCCAGCUGUUGUAACUGUAACAAAUGCAAAUCAACAAAUUCAAUCAAAUAACAAUAAUG